AUGAUUUUGACGCUGAGCAAGGCAUACUUUUCGCAGCCAUCCGUGAUUGUUGUGUUUGGUCGCCCUGGAUCUGGUAAAACUACCAUUGCUAAUCGAGCCUUGGACUUGCUGGGUGGAGAUGACAGUGACAACAAUUUGCACUGUAUCGGCCUUGAUCUGGAUGUUUGUGUGCCGCAAUGGAUGAAAGACAACUUUUCCAAGGGUAUCUACCCCACACUCCAGCAACGUCAAGAAUUUGCCAAGGAUUGCUGUGCUUAUGUGGAACAACAGUUCCAGCAAGAACAGUCCAAGAAAUACGCGGCCCAACGACUGGCAGCCCUGAUAUCCUUUAGUUUUGUCAAUACAGAUCUACGCGACGUGUUUCGAUCGCAAUUUCCGCAUGCUGUUUGGAUCCUUGUAGACACUUCCGAAGAGGUUUCCAACCUACGAAUACAGCAACGAGAAGGUCACUUUUAUGGAGGCAAACCAGACGAACCACCUCCCAAGGAAGAGAAAGAGGAAACUACUGAAGCCGACAAUAGCGAAUGGAACUUUGCCCCGGUCACGUUUCAACAUCAUAUUCUAGACGGGAACACUGCAAUUGAUGAUACCGCCAAGAAGGUUGCAGAUAUUGUACGAGAGACAAGUGCUACUAAAGCAACAGAAGAGUGA